AUGUCCAUGCAGCCCCUCUCCAUGAGGCAACGGUGCACACAGUUAGUGGCCGCUUGGGCACACGAUGCACGACUCCCAGUCUGGACGUGGACGGGCUGCAAAAACCAUCACACGCUAAGGGCCGAUGUCCGUCCAAUCGCGCUCACUCAGCUCAGGAGCUUUGGUGUCGCAGCAGAGCUUGUCGAGGGCAUAGGAGCCAGCUCCGAGCCGUCAUGUCGGUGCUCUCCCGUCGCCUCUCAUAUCCAAGCCAUCUUGGACCAACCGGAAACUCGGCAGUUGGCCAAUCUCCGGCCCACAAUAUUGAAUCGCAGCUUCACGACUCAACUACCGGUGCUCCGGAUCCUGCGACUGGGUCAGAACCAGAUUGUACCAUCAUGCCACAUCCAGAACAUCCGUACGGAGUGGUACCGAUUGAACGACCUGAUUGUCUUCGUACGAUAG